GGACACGUCAUACACAUACACGCACGGCUGAUGACUCAAAAUCACCUUCACCUCCCGACCUCGGAGACCUAAAGUUGAUCUAGGGUUUCGGAUAUCCGGCUCCAUUCGCGGCGAUGGGUCGCUCUCGCGGAGUCCCCAACUCCACCGACGACGAUGCCACUCAAAGAUCCAAGAGAAGAAGAGCUACUUCAACUGGUGAAGCAACAGAACCUAUGGUUGCAGGAGGUACAGGACCUAAUGAAGGGAAAAAGGCUUUGUAUCAUUGCAAUUAUUGCAAUAAAGACAUAUCAGGGAAGAUCCGUAUAAAGUGCACAAAAUGCCCAGACUUCGAUCUUUGCGUGGAGUGCUUCUCAGUGGGUGCUGAAGUCACCCCACACAAAAGCAAUCAUCCUUAUCGGGUUAUGGACAACUUGUCAUUUCCCUUGAUUUGUCCAGAUUGGAAUGCAGAUGAGGAAAUACUGCUUUUAGAGGGUAUUGAAAUGUAUGGACUUGGUAACUGGACCGAAGUUGCUGAGCAUGUAGGUACCAAGAGCAAAACGCAAUGCAUUGAGCAUUACACAACAGCAUACAUGAACUCCCCUUGCUAUCCUCUUCCGGAUAUGUCUCGUGUAAACGGGAAGAAUAGAAAAGAGCUUCUUGCUAUGGCUAAAGUGCAAGGUGAGGGCAAGAAAGGAAUUUCUCUGCUCAGUGAUGUCACUCCAAAAGAAGAAUCUCCAUUCUCUCCUUCAAGGGUCAAAGUCGAAGAUCUGAGUGGGGAAGCUUCAGCUGGGCGGUCACCCUCAAGCCUAGGUGCUGGUGCUAGUAAGAAGGCUUCUAACAUGGGUAUGUCCAAGGAUGGGCCUGAUGGAUCAAAAACAGAAGAUCCUCAACUAGAUAGGAGUGUUGGAGUCAAGAAGCCCAAGUAUUCUGGAGAUGAAGGGCCUUCAAUGACUGAGUUAAGUGGAUACAAUCCCAAGCGGCAGGAGUUUGAUCCUGAAUAUGAUAAUGAUGCGGAGCAAUCACUGGCUGAGAUGGAGUUCAAGGAAAAUGACUCGGAAGCUGAUCGUGAACUAAAACUCCGUGUGCUUCGUAUUUAUUUAUCAAGGCUUGAUGAGAGGAAAAGGCGUAAGGAUUUCAUCUUGGAAAGGAAUUUGCUUUAUCCCAAUCCAUUUGAGAAGGAACUGUCGAUUGAAGAUAGAGAAUUGUAUCAGCGAUACAAGGUUUUUAUGCGCUUUCAAUCACAAGAAGAGCAUGAGGCUUUGGUUAGAAGUGUUAUUGAAGAGCGCAAAAUUCGAAGAAGAAUUCAAGAGCUUCAGGAAUGCCGUGCUGCUGGAUGCCGUACACUUGCUGAAGCGAAACUGUAUACUGAGCAGAAGAGGAAAAGGGAGUUGGAGAUGAGUGCUCAGAAAACAAAGGAAAGUGGGCAGGUAGUUACAGCUAGUAAGCUGCCUCAAAAGGCAGGCAGACCCAUGAGCAGAGAAAAAUUGGAAUCUGAUGGAAGCCCCAGAAAUAUUGUUGAUAGCCAUAAAAUAAAAGGUGCAGGUUUUGACAGCAGCAGUAAGGAUUCACCUUCUGCAACUAUGGGACAUCCUACACCAAAAUCAUUUGAUGAGUGGGACAUCACCGGACUUCCUGGGGCGGAUUUGUUAAAUGAAACGGAGCAACAAUUAUGCUGCCAGAGCAGGUUACUCCCAAGCCAUUACCUUAAGAUUCAGGAGGUUUUGGUGCAGGAAAUACUCAAAGGUGCUCUUCUGAAAAAAUCUGAUGCCCAUCAUCUGUUCAAGGUAGACCCAAGUAAAGUAGAUAGGAUUUAUGAUAUUGUGAUUAGAAAGUUGGGUCACUUGGAUGAAUCUCAACUAGUGUGAUUUGUUGUAGAUCAUCAUCCCUCCCCCUUAAUGUUUUGAUUAUUUGUUUUAUCUCAUCUUGCUUUGUGCCAUCUCUAGAUAUAGAGCCUUGAUAGAUGUUUUGACCAUUAAUUAUAUGCAUAAUCAAUUUGUGUUCCUAUUUCUA